UUUCAGACCGUUUAGUUACCAACCUAUUGUUGAUGGACACGUUUGUAUAACACUCGCUAUAUAUAAAAAGAAACCUUGAUGCUAUUUCAGUAGAGUUGUAUCCAUCUCUUCUCUUAUCUGAAAACUAUUUGUUUCUUCUUUCUCCACACACAUAUUGUCCAAUACUCACAUCAACUACAUAAACAAAUAAACCAAGCCUCAAACUCGUUGUGGUCAAAGAUGAAGAAGGAAUCACUGAUAAUCUUUUCCUUUAUUCUUCUGCAAAUUCUGCUCGUAAACUCUUUGUCACCAAAACAUUCAUCACCAAAACCAAAACCAGCUGCAGAAAUCACUAUUAUGGGUUUUGUUUACUGCGAUGUCUGCUCCAACAACAGUUUCUCCAAACACAGUUACUUCAUGUCCGGUGUGGAAGUGAGAGUUGUCUGCAGAUUCAAAGCAGCUUCGUCAACAACAAGUGAAACUGUAACAUUCUCUGCAAACAGAACCACCAACGAAUUCGGACUGUACAAGGUAGCCAUAACUUCUCUAGACUGUGUAGACGUAGACAGUCUCGCAAGUUCUUGUCAAGCGAGUUUGGUCGGAAGAAAAAGCUUAUCGGAUUCUUCUUGCAACAUUCCUGGUUAUAGAACCACGACGGAUCAGGUUGUGUUUAAGUCUAAACGGUCUAAUUCCUGUGUUUAUGGAUUCAAUGCUUUGAAUUUCAGACCACUCAAGAGGAAUAUUGACUUGUGUGGCAAGAAAUAGGGUUUUUAAAACUACAGAACUUAUCUUUCAUCUGGUAUUGACUCUGUUUACUUUCUACUCAGAGAUAUGUCUUUCGUAUGUUGUCUACAUUUAGCUUCGGUUACUACACAAGAUUUGUAUUUCUGUGUCUGCCAAAUCUGUCUUAAACUAUAAUUAGUAUGAAGAUAAAUAAGAUGAGGAAUAAUUUCAGUUCACAAUGUAA